AUUGCCCUCGAAUUCGGUGCGACUAGGCGCAACCUUGCCGACCGCUUCAAGAAUCGCCAUCAGGCGGCUAGUACUAUCAAACCGGUCAAUAAAGCCCUGGGGUGGAAAAAGCUUUGGUACACUGGACUCGGAUAUCUGCGUGGGCAAAUUGCGCGCUUACACACACUGGCUAGCCAGAUCGUCUAUAACUUUGAUGAAUGCGACUUCCGCCCUAGCGAGGGUAAAUCACGAAGGGUCAUUAGUUCUAGACCAUCAGAUCUUACUGGAUCGUCGCGAGAUGAAAAUAUCACUCUAAUUGAAUAUAUUACCGCCGCUAGGUAG